AUGGAAAGCAAAUUUUUCGCAACGUCAGCGAAGCUGCGAAACCCUCGUGAGAGGCUUCGCUACCUGCUUGGUCGAGGUACAGAGGUAAAGGCGAAGGCUUCAAAGACCUCGACAACGAUUGCGACGAGAAAAGCUGAUGGCAAGGACAAACAAACUAGUACAAGAGCAACGUCGGCUGUUCAUAAGAAAGUGGAGAAAGUCACCGCUGCGACAACUACAUCUUCUUGUGCAGCCUCUUCCUCGGUUCCAUCGACAUCAAAUCAAACAGUACUAGAUUUGUUUAAGCAAUGCGCCUUGGAAAAACGACCAGUUUACGUUUGUGCACCAAUGGUUGGCGCUUCCGAACUCGCGUUUCGUGAGCUAGUGCGACAACAUGAUUGCGACUUAUGCUAUACGCCGAUGAUGUACGCUGACAAAUUCGUUACAACUUCUAGUGGUGAAUCGAGCAAGACCGGUAUUAAUAGUAAAGCUCCUGUUACCAGCAGUGGCAAGAGUUAUUUUCCAACCACCUAUGCUCAAGAGCAAUUUUUUGAACAGCUUGAAACCUUGCAGAAAAAGAACAGCAACAGGAAAAACGGAAGAGACCAUCGUCUGGAAGGCCGCCUUGUUGCGCAUUUUUGUGGCAACAAUCCUGAGACUUUACUCGCAGCUGCAAAACUAGUUGAAAAUCACGUAGACGCAGUGGAUCUGAAUCUUGGUUGUCCACAGAGGAUUGCACACGCAGGACAUUUUGGAGCUUAUUUGCUAGGACAAGAAGAUCGUCCUUUGUUGAAGAAGAUUGUUGCCACACUAGCAAAGAACCUGUGCAUUCCCGUUUGCUGCAAAAUCCGACUACUAGAUUCGUAUGAGGAAACCUUACAAUUGUGCAAGGACUUAAAGCAAGCAGGAUCAGCGUGGAUUGCAGUCCAUGCGAGGGCUAGAGGCACAGCGACAAGACGUAGAGAAGGAGCUGCGAAUCUAGAACAUGUGAAAAAACUAGUAGAGGACAUGGGUGGAAGAAGUUCUAAGUCAUAUCCGAUAUUGGCGAACGGUAACGUGAUCACAGGAGAGGAUGUCAUCACGAAUUGGAGAUUCACAGGCGCAGCUGGGAUUAUGAGUGCAGAAGGAUUGCUGGAUAAUCCUCGGAUUUUUGCGGAUGCGAAGAGGACCGUUCUGGGCAUUAAAAAGAAGAGUCCACCGCGAGAAAAAGAGACCACCGGAACGUCACCGCGGCCGACGCUUUCCUACACUGAAAGUCUCCACCUCGCUCGUCAAUACCUGCGAUUAGCGGAAAAGCAUUUUCCACCCGAAAGCGAAAAAAGUUCACAUGGAAUUGGGACUGUGGUGUUUCAUGUGAGGCGCAUGUGCAAGUCUCUUCUGCAAAAGUUUGAGCAAUUGGAAGCGGUUUUGGCGGCUAAAGAAAUCAAAGAGAUCGAUAAGAUUUUAGACCGAUGUAAAGGAUUCCUUAGUGGUGAACAAGGUGUACUAGACCAUGCGAAGGGAAUAUUAGCCAAGAAGAGCAACAAGCGUCCUGCUUCCUCUGACGGUAAGAGCGAGAAAACAACAACAAACAGGAGUGGAAAUUCAGAUGUAGAUAAUGGUCCUGAUUCAGAAGUGGAUGAUGAAACCGAAGAAGCAGCAACUUCAUCUACCACUACGAAAAAGCCUCGUGUUGUCUUUGAUCCAGUUGCAGCUGCGAAAGAGAAAGAGGCUUUGAAAUUAGCGAAGAAGAGUGCUGCAGAUGUAAAGAAAUUUCAAAAGCGCAUGGAAAGAAAGGCCAAUCGCGAAGGGCGUACUCUGCAGAGUGUCAUGGCAGAACACAAGGAAAAGUCAGCCUUUUUUCAUGCUGGGGCGGUGCCAGUUGGGGACAGCGAGCGAAAAAGCUCUAGCACUGAGCAAGAGAAUAAAAGCACGCAAGGGACGAAAGGUAAAGCGAGCAAAGGGAAGGGGGGCAAGGGCACAGGUAAGGAUAGUAAGGAUAAAUGCACGAAAGGAAGUAAAGGAACAAGUAAAGGGAGUAAAGGUGGGAGUAAGGGCAAGGGAAAGGGCAAACAAGAUAAAGGAGCGGCAAAGGGUGUUGGAAAGAAAUGAAUUGUUUUUCUCACUCACAAAGAACGAACGCGUGACCUCCAAGUCCAAUUUGUGCCUCGAUAUUUGUCCUACGAAGACGACGCCCUUUUUUGGAUUAUGUGCUCAUCCCAGUCCCAUGGCAAAGUUUUAAGAUCGAACUACUCAUACUAGUUGCG